AUGCCGGGUGCAGCCAGGCCGAGCCCCGCCGUCCUCUUGCCGCCGCCACCCGGCGCCCUCCGCUGCCUCUGCUCCUGGCUGGACCGGCUGCCACUCAGCCGCCCCAAGCGCCACCUGGCCCGGGACUUCAGCGACGGCGUGCUAGUGGCUGAGAUUGUGAAGCACUUCCACCCACGGCUGGUGGACCUACACAAUUACAUCCCUGCCUGCAGCACGGAUCAGAAGCUAAGCAACUGGAGCCUUCUCAACAGGAAGGUCUUUCACAAGCUGCAGUUCUGUAUCGCAGAAGCGGACAUCCACAAAGUGGUGGCCAAUGUGCCUGGGGCCAUCGAGCCCAUCCUAUGUGCACUGAAGGAGAAGGUGGAGGCCAGAACUGUUCAUGCAGACUCACACGGCAUAGACGUAUGUUCUGUGCAAAUCUGUACAGGCUGCAAACCUGCUGCAUCUGUUCCCAUUGGCACUCGGUCAGAUAAUCUGAUCCAGGACUCUCCAGUGUGGAUGCUGCCCGACCUUGGAGAGGACUCACCACCCAGACACAUGCCAGCCGAGCCCCCAACCAAUCCACCUCUCAGAGGCAGAGGUCUGGAGCUGAUGGUGUCUCUUUGUCACGCAGGCCUGCAGAGCCCCCCAGCUCCCUCCAGCCUGAAGACCCUUCAGAAUCAGAAGACAGGCUGCUGCCAAUGUCUGCCUUUCAGUCAGGACUCAGUAGAAGGGCCCUGGGAGCAGUUGGCCAGAGUCCAGCAGCAACUGGAGGACAAGGAGCAAGCCCUGGCCAUUCUUCAGGAGACAGUCAAGAUUUUACAGAUGAAGGUGGUGAGGCUGGAGCACCUGGUAAAACUGAAGGACCUGCGGAUUGGGGAGCUGAUGAGACCUGGGGCUAAUGGGCACCAGAUCCCUGGAGCUGCCCGUCCCAAGUCAGCCAAACCCUGAGCCCAGCUGGAGCCUCCUGCUGCCAAGAGCUGCUUCUGUGUGGCCCUGCACUGUCUGGAAAGCUCAGAGUGAGACAUCUUUGAACAGGGACAGGUGUGGACACAGGGUUGGACACAGAUGUGGGUCUUGUUUCCUCAAGCCCUGAUGUUUUAUCAUCAUUGCAUUUGAGAACUCUGAUGUCCUGGUGUGUGCAGUGUCUAGGCCUUGGAGUAGCAUUCAAGGGGGAGAGAGACUGUCGUGGUCAGCCAUGUGGCCUGGUGACAGCCAUACUGAAGUGUGCAGGAAAUUAUGGUGACAGGACCCUUGGGAAGCUGCACCCAUUGGGCCUUCCUACUGAAGGGGGAUGUGAAGGUGGAGGAAGGCACUGAGAAAGCAGGCUGUACCUACCUCACCAUCCUCUGAGGUGGUCUGGUCACUUGCUUUGCCCUGGAGACUUUGGGGGGGCUAAGUAGAGCUGGAACCUUGGCCCAGCUGCCUCUACAGGCCUCAUCCUUCCCCAGCCCCAAGACCUGGCUGCUGCCUUCUAACCUCCAGGAUGGCCCCUGGGGUUCUUGAGCAUUGGUGUAGCCAAGAUACUGCUGAGGUUGGAGGAAGCAGGGUAGGGCUGCAUCCUGCUGGCCUCUGCACAGCUACCUUGUUCCUGUACCCACAGUGAGGAUGGACUGGGCUCCCUCCCUCCACUGCCUUAUCACCAUUCUGUGGGGUCAGCCCUUCUUUCUCUUGAACCAAGUCCAGCCC